GAAGGGCCGGCUCCUCAAUCGCGCCGCGCCUUGCCUCUCGUGGACCAAGGAAGACCCUGGUAGUGGCUGCUAUUUCCUUCUGAAAUGUUGCGGACCAGGUUCCACCAUAAAUACGUUGAGCAUUGUGGCCACAAUCCUUUGUGGCAGAGGAAAUGCUGCGUCUCCUGAUGGCUGGAAGCUGACUCUGAUCCUCUUGGAUGGGUUGCUGCUCAGGGGGUCCCUCCCAGUGGACUUCGAUGAUGUCCCUCUCGGUGCGGCCCCAGCGACGCAGCCUGGCGGUCAGGAUCAAUAGAAGCCAAUCCUUUGCUGGGGUCAAUUCUACCCAGGAGAAGUCUUUCAGGAAUUUCCCUGCAUUCAGCACACCGACCGUCUCCAGGAAGUCUGGCUCCAGGGUCAGUAGGAUGUUCUCCAUGUCCCACAAGUCCCCUCCGCCCAAAGUGCCCCAGCCGGAACGACUCGACGAAGUGUACGAAGCACUCAAGAAGGGACUCACAGCUUACCUGGAAGUACACCAGCUGGAGCUGGAGAAGCUGACCACCCAGAUCCGUGAGUCCAAGAGGAAUUCCCGCUUGGGCUUUCUUUAUGACCUCGACAAGCAAGUCAAGUCCAUCGAGCGAUUUGUACGCCGCCUGGAAUUUCACGCUAGCAAGAUUGACGAGCUCUACGAGGCUUACUGCAUCCAGCGAAGGCUUCGGGAUGGAGCGCAUAACAUGGUGAAGGCCUACACCGCCGGAUCGCCUGGCAGCAAGGAAGCCCGGGAGAGCUUGGCCGAAGCGGGGAAGGGUUACAAGGAGUACACGGAGAAUAUGUGUCUCCUGGAAAGUGAGCUGGAGAGCCAGUUGGGAGAGUUCCACAUCAAGAUGAAAGGGUUGGCUGGCUUUGCUCGACUGUGUGCUGGGGACCAAUACGAGAUCUUCAUGAGAUACGGACGCCAACGAUGGAAGCUACGAGGCCGCAUUGAGGCCAACAGCAAGCAAGUGUGGGAUAGUGAGGAGGUGGUCUUCCUGCCUCUCAUCACAGAGUUCCUGUCUAUCAAGGUCACAGAGCUGAAGAGCUUGGCCAGUCACGUUGUGGUGGGGAAUGUCUCCUGCGAGACCAAGGACCUGUUUGCGGCGCUCCCCCAAGUCGUGGCAGUGGACAUCAAUGACUUAGGCACCAUUAAGCUGAGCCUGGAGGUGAACUGGAACCCCUUCGACAAAGAGGACCAGCCUUCCUCCUCCAGCUCCGUGAAUAAGACGUCUACGGUCAACAAGAGAUUCUCCAUGUACAACCAGAGUCCCCCUGACACGCCUUCCAUGCGGGAACAGGCCUUUUACAACAUGCUGCGGCAACAGGAGGAGCUGGAGAACGGGGCGGCCUGGUCCAUCUCUUCGGAGUCGUCGGACGACUCCUCCAGCCCCCAGCUGUCCGGAGGCGCCCGCCACGCCUUGCCCAGAUCCGUCGUGCAACCCGCCGUGCAGACCGCCGCUCCGGCCAUAGAGAUUGCCUUCACUCAGCCCGAGGACAAAGAGCCGCCCGCUCUUCAAGAGGAGGCAACCGUGGUCAACGGGCACGCGCCCUACACCCGGACUCUGAGCCAGAUCAGCGAAGCCAGUGCGGACCUGCCUGUGGCUGAGGAGGGGGAAUGCCUGGCCCCCAGGGACUCUCGUCCUCAGGAGCCGCCUUCCCUCGCAACACACGCUUUGCCUCAAAGUGCGGACUUGGCGUUGGACACUACGAUCAGUGAAGGUGAAGAGCAAGAGGCCGACACAAGUACGGUUGAGCCCGUGGCAGAGCGGCACAAGGAGCCUGCCUGCCCGGACCAGGAAGCCGAGGCGCCCGAGUCCUCGUUGACACCCCCAGCAGCCUCAGCAGGUGCCUCACAGGUGCCGAGGCCCAAACGUGCCGUGGACUGUGGCCUGGAGGAGGCCAUCAACUCCCUGGCCUCGGCUCUGGAUGACUACCGGGGACAGUUUCCAGAGCUGCAGACAUUGGAGCAGGAGCUGAAGCACCUGGAGGAAAUGAUCCUGCGGAAGGCGGGAGCGUGCCUGAGCCGGGCGUCCAGCACGAGCCUGACGGUGGAGCACGCCCUCGAGAGCUUUAGCUUCCUCAACACUUCGGACAACGAGGACUCAGAUGAUGAAGGGAGGACAGCCCAUGCCCAGCCCGCAUCGUCGAGCAGAGUCCUGGCGGCCGGAGAGGCUGCGACGGAAGAGGCCGCAGAGGAGGGCUCCGAGCCCAUGAGCACCGGCAACGAGUUCCUCGACCAAGCCUUAGUCUUGCACCUCAAGCACUGCAACCACUUGCUGCUGAAGCUGGGCAACUUUGGACCCCUCCGCUGCAGGGAGGCGCAUGCGCUGGACCGGCUGGGGAGGGAAGUGCCCGUCCUGGAAGCGGUGUGUCGGCUGGUGGAGGAGCAGGCCUGGCCCGCCGCCUCUUGCGCAGAAGUGGUCCAGUUCUCCACGUGGAAAGAGGGAGUGCUGUCUUUCUGGGACGGCUGCGUCACCGCCCCGAACGUGUACACCUGCCAGGUAGAAAGGCUCCUGCAGAUGCUCAGUUCGCAGUACGGGGCACGCAUCAACGAACACCAGCAAGGACUGGCAGACCCAGUCUGCGUGAAGCUGGUGGAGGAGCUCCUGCAGCGCCGUUUGCCCAGGCGCCAGGGGAGCUGCCAAGCGGAGCAAGUCACCCUCUUCCAGUAUUGGAGCCACUUUGAGGUCCUGCCCGUCUUGACGCUGGACGCAUACGUUCUGGAAUUGGCAGAAGAAGUUUUGCUGGCACAGAACCUGAACUCGGACGACCAAGACGUGGUCUUGAAAGCCCUGAAGCGUGUCCCGGAGAGCAGGCUCCGCAAAGAUGGGCUGAAGGCUUUGAGUUUGCUCCUCGUCGAAGGAAACAGCAAAGUCGUUGGGGCCGUGUCGGCACAGCUGCGGAGCCUGUCGGAGAACCCUGGCUUCCGGGAGCGGGCCCUGCUUUGCUACCUGGAGCAGCUGGAGGACGAAGAGGUGCAGGCGCGGAUUGCUGCCUGCGCGGCCUUGGGCUGCCUGAAGGCCAAGGAGGGUAUUGAGCAGCUGGUGUACCUGUGCCAAACGGACAAAGAGGCCGUGCGAGAGGCAGCCAAGCACAGUCUCAUGCUGUGUGGGGAAGACGGGAAAUCUGCUCACCGACGGCUGGAAGAGUCCCUCGACAGUUUGCCCCGGAUCUUUGCCCCGGGAAGCAUGGCGAGCACCGCAUUCUGAACAAGGGUGCCGCGUCCCUCCGCCCGCAGAUCGAUCCUUUGGGGGCGCAAACGCGACAUGCCAGAGAUCUUUCCACUCGCUCAUGCAAACUGGGUUCAAAUCAGCGUGCCACGGACUGGGAAGCUUUUGCCUCUCCACGCAUGCACACCCCGCAGUAUUAGCACCACUGACACACUACGGCCUUACACAGAGGGUGCCUUUUUCCUAGCUGCGCUCAUGGAGUUGACGUGGGCACAAGGGCGGUCUCAAGAGCGUGGGCUUCUUGCCUUUCAUCAGCCAGAACUAACACAAGAAGGAAGAAGGUGACAACAAUUGAGCACAAAAGCGGUAGCAGAACUCCCUGGGUUGCAAAGGCCGUCUCCCAUUUGAGUGGACACUUGGGAAAACCCUGGUUGUAUGUUCGAAAUCCCACUUCUGACCCACUUCUGCCUUCCUGAGGCCUAUGCACAUGGCAGGAAACGGGGUCCAAGGUAUAUUCUCCUAUAUAACACAAGUAGCUCUGUUGUUUGGGAGCCAAAGCGAGCACAAAGACUUCCAGAAGUUCUCCCCGUCCCGUUGGGCUGAGGAAGGGGUCAUUUUCAAUGGCGGGCGUGACGCGGAGGGGCGGAAAGAGCCGCCUCUCUUCAGCUGUUUUAUUGUUUUUUAUUUACACAAUUUGCGAGAGAAGGGGAUGGGGAGGUUGUAGACCAAGCAAAACGCCCCUUUUCUAUAAAAUACCUAUAAAUUUAUCUGUAUAUCUACAUAUAUAUAUAUAAAUAUAUAUAAUGUAAUUAUCAAGAGGUUUUGGCUAAUUUUGAUUUUAAGCCUGAAAUUAAAAAAAAAAGUUUGAGCAAAUAA